GCAUUACGAGCAUUUCCUUUCUGUGUCAUAGGUCUGCUUUUCUCCGCCUCCAGCUGAGUCCUGCUGCUGGGAGGGCACAGGUCAGGUGCUAUCUUUCUGUCCUCCACAUUGACAGACCUGCAGAGGAGGCGCAGUGAUCACUGUAAAGGUAAAGGUGUGUUUGAAACAAGAAUUAUGAGUAACCCUUUCCAGCAUCUAGUAGAGCCACUUGAUCCUGAUGAACCAGACAAGAAGUUUUUUAAUCUCCACAAGUUAAACGAUGAAAGAUAUGCACGUCUGCCCUUCUCCAUUCGGGUGCUUUUGGAGUCGGCUAUCCGGAACUGUGAUGAAUUUCUUGUUAAACCUAAAGAUGUAGAUAACAUUUUGAAUUGGAAAGUCACCCAGCAUGAGAAUGUGGAAGUGCCCUUUCGUCCAGCACGCGUCAUCCUGCAGGACUUUACAGGUGUGCCUGCAGUGGUGGAUUUUGCAGCCAUGCGGGAUGCAGUAAAGCGAUUGGGAGGUGACCCUGAGAAAAUUAACCCCGUUUGUCCUGCAGAUCUGGUGAUCGAUCAUUCUAUUCAAGUUGAUUUCAACAGGAGGGACGACAGUUUACAAAAAAAUCAGGAAUUGGAAUUUGAAAGGAACCGAGAGCGAUUUGAGUUUUUGAAGUGGGGUUCCCAGGCCUUUCAGAAUAUGAGGAUCAUCCCUCCUGGCUCUGGUAUCAUUCACCAAGUCAAUCUAGAGUAUCUAGCCAGAGUAGUCUUCCACCAAGAAGGCUUAUACUACCCUGACAGUCUUGUUGGAACAGACUCUCACACCACAAUGAUCGAUGGGCUUGGAGUUCUUGGUUGGGGUGUUGGAGGCAUUGAGGCUGAAGCAGUCAUGCUUGGCCAGCCAAUAAGCAUGGUGCUUCCUGUAGUAAUUGGCUACAAAUUGGUUGGAACCCCUCACCAUUUGGUGACUUCCACAGACAUUGUACUCACAGUAACUAAGCACCUUCGUCAAGUUGGCGUUGUGGGAAAGUUUGUGGAAUUUUUUGGCCCAGGUGUUGUUCGGCUUUCUAUUGCUGACAGAGCCACGAUUGCCAACAUGUGCCCAGAAUAUGGAGCCACAGCUGCAUUUUUUCCUGUGGACCUGAUCAGCAUACAGUAUCUACAGCAAACCGGUCGCGAUGAAGACAAAGUGAAGUACAUUCAACAGUACUUAGAGGCUGCUGGGCUUUUUAGGGAUUUCAGCAAUACAGAGGAGGACCCAGAUUUUACACAGGUGGUAGAGUUGGACCUCGGCACAGUGGUGCCUUGCUGCAGUGGACCAAAGAGACCCCAAGAUAAAGUAUCCGUUUCUGACAUGAAAACAGACUUUGAAAGUUCUCUGGGAGCCAAGCAAGGCUUUAAGGGUUUUCAGAUACCUCAGGGACACCAUAAUGACAAAGUAAAAUUCUCCUAUCAAGAUGUUGAUUAUGAGCUCAACCAUGGCGCUGUUGUCAUAGCUGCUAUCACGAGCUGCACGAACACCAGCAACCCUUCUGUCAUGCUGGGUGCAGGAUUACUAGCCAAAAAAGCUGUAGAAGCUGGCCUGACGGUGAAACCUUACAUCAAGACAAGCUUGUCCCCUGGCAGUGGUGUUGUGACAUACUACCUCCGGGAUAGUGGGGUUAUGCCUUAUCUUUCCACGCUUGGAUUUGAUGUUGUAGGAUAUGGCUGUAUGACUUGCAUUGGAAACAGUGGCCCCUUACCCGACUCUGUUGUAGAAGCCAUUACUCAGGGAGACUUGGUUGCUGUAGGUGUGUUAUCUGGUAAUAGAAAUUUUGAAGGCCGUGUUCACCCAAAUACUCGUGCAAAUUACCUAGCUUCUCCACCUCUUGUCAUUGCCUAUGCCAUAGCUGGCACUGUCAGAAUUGACUUUGAGACGGAACCACUGGGCAAUAAUGCUGAUGGGAAACCUGUAUUCCUCAGAGAUAUUUGGCCAACCAGAGAUGAAAUACAGGCUGUAGAGCGCAAAUAUGUUAUCCCAGGAAUGUUCAAAGAAGUCUAUGAAAAAAUUGAGAAAGUAAAUGAGAGCUGGAAUAAUUUGAAAGCACCAACUGAUCAGUUAUAUCCUUGGGAUGCCAAUUCAACCUACAUCAAAUCCCCUCCGUUCUUCGACAACUUGACAAUGGAACUUGUGCCACCGAAACCCAUCAAGGAUGCCUAUGUCCUCCUAAACCUGGGUGAUUCUGUAACUACUGACCACAUUUCUCCUGCUGGAAAUAUUGCAAGAAAUAGCCCUGCUGCUCGCUUUUUAACCAACCGUGGUUUAACGCCAAGAGAAUUCAAUUCCUAUGGGUCGCGUAGAGGGAAUGAUGCCAUCAUGGCUAGAGGCACAUUUGCUAAUAUCCGCUUGUUUAACAAGUUCAUCAACAAGCAAUCUCCAUUAACUAUACAUUUUCCUUCCAAUGAAACGCUUGAUAUAUUUGAUGCAGCUGAGAGAUAUCAGCAGGCUGACCAUAAUUUAAUCCUCUUAACUGGCAAGGAAUAUGGAUCUGGAAGCUCCAGAGACUGGGCAGCCAAAGGACCUUUCUUGCAGGGUAUUAAAGCUGUCCUUGCUGAGAGCUAUGAGCGCAUUCACCGCAGUAACCUAGUUGGAAUGGGCAUAAUCCCUCUACAGUAUUUGCCAGGAGAAAAUGCAGAGGCACUAGGACUCACUGGUAAAGAGCGUUACACCAUUCUUAUUCCUGAAGACAAAGAUCUCCGGCCUGGCAUGAAUGUUGAGAUAAAGCUUGAUUCAGGCAAGACAUUUGAAGCUCUAAUGAGAUUUGACACCGAUGUGGAGCUCACUUAUUACCGCAAUGGAGGCAUCCUGAAUUACAUGAUCCGUAAAAUGGCUAACUUGGUUUAAUAUAAAUAUCUAGAUGACCUGUCUUCAAAGAUACCCAUAGAAAUGAGAUGCUGGUCAUCAGAUACCCAAUACAUCUGCAGACUAAAAUGAUAGUAGUUAAGUUUAUUUUGCCUGGUUUCUCAUGGCUGUCUGAAAGUACUGAUGAGCCUGACAGAAUGAUUCACUUUUUAGCGUUUUAGAUUACUUUUUCAUGAAUGACUUCCGUCCAUUGUCUAUGGGUACCUUUUAAAGAGUGGAGACAAGAAAUAAGACUUAUUGCAUCUUAUACACCGUACCACAUAUAGCAUACCUUGUUGAAUGUAAUUUGUGGCUGAAGAGAGAGAGCUGUUCCAGGAGGAGGUCUUAAUGACAAGUUUCCCUAAUAAUCAUUAUAAUUUGGUAUUAAACAUAAUUUGUAUUUAAGAAACAUGAAAACCUACCGCCUUUACCCCCUACCCUUCCUCAGUAUGAAUGAGGGGGUCCCCUCUUCCCUGAAGGUAUGUUGAUCAGUUAUUUGUAGAUUUAAAAGAGCAUCUCAGACUUUGCCAUUCAUGUUUUUUUUAGACACAGUGUAGCCCCAGUUCAGAAACAAUUGCUAAACUUCCUGAAGUACUCCACUAGGCCUCAGAAGAGAUUACAAGGGUGUAGCGCCACCCAUCCUGCUGGCACAAAAUUGUGCAAGUUAACUAGUCUUUCCGUUUACAUAUCCAGCUAUUUUUUUCCAUUCAGUGACAGGACUGUAAUAAAGUCUCAGGUAGAUGUUGUUCCCCUCUGCUAUGCCCAAAAGCCAGGCCAUUCUGAAAGGACAAAACCUUUAGCAUUUUCUUUGUCUUAGAGCUUACCCAUCCCUCCUGCCUCCACCUGUCUCUCCUGGCCAUUGAGGCAGCUCUUUGUAUUGAUGAGCCAAUAAGUGGGAGAUUGGCAGCUGAAAGCUCCAACACUUUUCCAAUGCGUCAAAGAUUUGCCCAUUCUGAACGCCCUGGCAUUUGGGCAUAGCAGGCCAAUAAAGUCUUAUAUGUGUCGUUUACCAGCCACGGUUGGAUUGGCCUUGUACCUAUGAUAUGCCUAUUGGUGAGGGGGGAGAACAUCAAAGUUUUUCCGAAUUUACAUAAUUGUAUGGAAGAUCCCAAAGUAGGCACUCUCUCAAUGGCAAAGAGAAGGUGGUAAUAUGAUGUUGCACAGCAAGGAUCUGUAUUUGGUGUGUUAGAAAACCCUGCCAUCCUGAAAAACUGCUCAAGUGUACCUGAAAUAUUACAGGUAUACAGUUAUAUCUCUAUUGGGUUCAAACUGUUCCAAGUUGAGGGCUUUGCAGGGCAAAUGGAUCCAAACAUUGCACUUUCAAUGUAAAAACAAAAGCUUUCCCAUAUAGACAUGGUUAUUGGGAACUUUUCAAGUGCUGUGACUAUGUGUAACGAUCGUAACCAAUAGCAAACAAUAAUAUUUCAGUGUUCUGUGGUCACUAGAGAUUUGUUUUGCUAUGGGUUAGUGCAGUUCAUUCGAAAAUAAUUCUGAAGGUCCCAGUUGUUCAUACUAGGAAAGGGUUGAUGUGUUGAUUCUGUGUUGUCUAAAAUUGUAUCCUCUGUUCUACACUUUUGCAGUGUUUUUCUUUCUUCUUUAAAUCUUGGGUCUGUGUCUGUUAAAAGCCUCUAUCUUUACAAAAUUACUUUGUUAAAAAAAAAUGUCAAAAUAAAUCUAUUUUCAGGAGA